UCCGCCGGUUGCGUGGCGGAGUGGUGUUGCAAGGAGUUUGUGUUUCAUUUAAGGUCACUGCUCCAGCCACUGCACUGGGAGGCACUAGGGAUACCUGACCAGAAGGAGCACCUCUGGCCUCAGUGGCUGAUGCUCCAGGUGCAGUGCCAACAGGCCAUCUGCAGACUGCUUUCACGCCACAGCGCAGCUGCAAUGCCCAAGGCUGUGGACCUGACUGAGCGGCGUGAUGCUCGCACUGCCAAAACCAAGAAGCUGAAGUCAUAUGGUCCACCCAGUGCUGUCAAGCUGCAGGUGCUGGGCACAGGUGCCGAGGGUGCACCUCGAUCCCUCUAUGUCUUCACCACCAGUGCCAGCUACCUGUUCAACUGCGGCGAGGGGACGCAGCGUCUGUCGCACGAGCGCAAGACACGGCUGGCGCGGCUGGAGAACGUGUUCAUCACCACCAACGCCUGGCGGAAUGUGGGCGGCGUGCUGGGCGCGCUGCUCACCCUCAACGACAUCGGGGUGCCGGUGCUGACACUGCACGGGCCGCCGGGACUGAACGCGCUGUACCGCGACACGCGCAACUUCAUCCAGCUGCGCGGCAUGAACGUGUCGCACCGCAGCGAGACGCACGCGGACUUCGUCGACGUCGGGCUGACGGUGCGCGCUGUGCCGCUGUGGGGCGCCGCCGCGAGCCGCGAGCCGCCGGCCGUCGCCGCCGGUCCCCCGCCGGUCGACUACUUCGCUUUCGAGAGGACGGGCGGCGCCGGCGGGCCGCCGCUGCCGGAGCGGGCUGUGUCGUACGCCUACGUGUGCUCGGUGCCGGACCGCGCCGGCCGCCUCCUGCUGGAUAAGUGCGUCAGCCUCGGCGUGCAGCCCGGCCCGCUGCUGGGACAACUCAAGAGCGGCAGGGACGUGGUGCUGGAGGACGGCCGCGUCGUCCGGUCGGAGGACGUCACGUCCCCGGACGAGGUCGGCGCCCAGUUCCUCGUCCUGGAGCUGCCCUCGCCGGACUUCCUCCCCUCGCUCUCCGAUUUGAACUCGUCGCUGGACGCCCCACGGCUGGCGGCCGUCGUGCACUUCUCGCCGGCGGCGGUGAUGGACUCGCCCGAGUACCGGGCGUGGCGGGGAGGUCUGCCGGCGACCGUGCGCCACGUGGCGCUGAACGAGACGUGCCGCGGCCACGGUAGCGAAGCCGUCCACCGGCUGCAGCACCAACUGCACACCAUCGACCCGCAGCUGUUCCCGCUGCUGGCCGGCGACGACCCGACCACGGACCAGCCUACUGACGGCGCGCCCUGUAAGCGAGUCCGGCUGUCGUCAGAGGACGACCCGACGGCAGAGCAGGACCAGGACCAGGACCACGAGCAGGAGCAGGAGCAGGAGCAGGAGUCGUCGCUGAUCCACCCGCCGUCCGGCUGGGACCGUGCUGCUCGGCACGGGCAGCUCCAUCCCCAACAAGAGCGGAACACCAGCGGCAUACUGGUCAACCUCAGUGAGGAGCACUCCGUGCUGCUGGACUGCGGCGAGGGCACGCACGGCCAGCUGGUGCGGCUGCUGGGACAGCAGCGGGCGGCCGCCGUCCUCCGUCGGCUCGGCGCCGUCUACAUAUCGCACCUGCACGCCGAUCACCACAUCGGUCUGAUCAGCAUUCUGGAGGCGCGCCGACGGGCGCUGGGCGCCGAGCACCGGCCGUGCCUGCUGCUGGCGCCGGGCCCCAUCGCCGGCUACCUCACCAUGUACCACAACAAGAUGGCCCCGCUGCUCGACACGUUCUCGCUGGUGGCCAACGCGCGCCUGCAGCUGUCCAGCUCGCCGCGCCCCGCCUGGCUGCAGGAGCGGCUGGCGGCGGCCGGCCUGGACGAGCUGGUCACCUGCCCGGUGCGCCACUGCCCGCUGGCGUACGGCGUGCGUCUGGGCCGCGCCGGCGGGCCCAGCGUCGUCUACUCGGGCGACACGCGGCCCUGCCCGGAGCUGGUGGCGCUCGAACUGCGACCCCUGCUGAUCCACGAGGCCACGCACGAGGAUGAGCUGCAGGAAGAGGCGGAGCUGCGCGCCCACUCCACCACGUCGGAGGCGAUAGGUGAGCUCCUGCGCCGCGCCGGGUCUCGGCGUGGCCGCGACAUGGCCGCCCGUCACGUGCUGAUGACGCACUUCAGCCAGCGCUACUCGAACCUGCCGCUGCUGCCGGAGCCGGCGCCCGAGAACGUCGGCGUCGCCUACGACAACAUGGUGGUGGACUACCGGCACCUGCCGCGGCUGGCCGCUGCUGUACCCGUGCCUGCGCGCCUCAUCGACAAUAUGGCCCAGAAGGGAUACGUCAUGGACACCAUCAACUACCAUGCGCUCGUAAAAGGUAAGCGGGUGGGUGCCGGGCGGUGA